AUGAAAGAGUUCAACAAGCAAGACAAAUGGUUAAAGAAUUUAACGGACAAAACAUUACCUAAACCAGUGGAAAACAUUCUUGGACUUGGCCAGAAAUUUAACCUUAAAGUUUCUAACGAGAACACGCCUACAGCUAAAAUUAUAGCAGGCCUUGAACCGAUGAUUCAUAAAUUACCACAAACGGCAGAGAGAAUUGAACUGCGCAAUAAAUUGUGCAACAUUCUCACCAAUCACAAAAAGGCUAGAACGAGAAAAAGUACAUUGGAUGUAGUUAUCAACGAGCAAUUCAACAUCACUAAAGAGUUCAUCACAAACAACCCUGAUGUCAUAGUACUUAACGCUGACAAAGGAAAUGUAACUGUUUUACUUCCUAAAGAACAAUACGUAACAAAGAUGGGAGAAUUGUUAAAAGAUCACAAAAUCAAAGAUACAAUCAUACCAGACGGUUAUGUUUUAGUAUCGUUAGAUGUUGUCUCACUAUUCACGAACAUACCGAGCGAAUUAGUAUACAAAGCGAUAGACAAAAGGUGGUUCCAAAUCAAGAAAUUUACAACUUUACCUAAAAAAGAAUUUUUGGAAGGACUUAAAGUUGUGCUGGAAAACUGUACUUUCAGUUUCAAUGACAUAAUUUACCAUCAAAUUUUUGGAUCACCAAUGGGAUCACCGGUCAGUCCUGUAGUAGCCGAUUUGGUCAUGGAAAUGGUUGAGGAUGAGGCGUUUAACAAGUAUAAAAGUAGAACUCCAUUCUACUACAGAUACGUUGACGAUAGUUGUACAUCAUGCCCAGAAAACAAAAUGGAAGAGCUGCUUAAUACGUUCAAUAGCAUCAAUCAACAUAUACAAUUUACGAUGGAAAUUGAAUCUAGCAACCAGAUAGCGUUUUUGGACACUUUAGUGAUACGAGAUAAUACCGGAAAAAUCACUACGAAUUGGUACCAUAAAGCCACAUGGUCCGGACGUUAUUUAAAUUUUCAUUCCAGUCUCCCGUUUAGCUAUAAGAAAAACACCAUAGCAAUCCUAACGGAAAGAAUGCUUAAGUUAGCAUCACCAACAUAUCACCGGGAAAAUUGCGAAUUGAUAAAACAAACUCUUCUUAAGAAUAACUACCCUGCAAAACUACUUGAAAAUGUGAUAGACAAAGUGAUUUUGAAUUUCGAUAAGCCUAAAGACAAAAAAGACAAAAGUGAUAAGAAAUAUGUCUCGAUUCCGUAUGUUGAUGGUUUAUUUGAAAAGAUCAAGUCGUUGUUUAAGCAAUACGAUAUACAAGUAGUUGGCAAAGGUGAUCACACGUUACAACAAAAACUGUUCACUAAACUAAAAGAUGCAAUUCCAGUACAGUUACAAUCUGGCUUGAUCUACAAAGUCGUUUGUACUUGUGGGAAAGUGUAUAUAGGCCAAACUAUUCAAAGACUCCAAAAACGUCUUGAAGGUCAUCGAUAUAAUUGCAAAAUCGGUAAUAAACAACAUAGUGCAUUAUGUGAACAUUUGAUUGAAACGCAGCACCAAUUGAACUGGGAUGAUGUUAAAAUAUUAUGUAAAGAACCUAAAAAACGAAAUAGAGAUGUGAUGGAAAUGAUAGCGAUUAAAACGACAGCAAAUGUUAUCAACAAACAGCAAGAGUGUAAGUUCUUGUCGAACACAUAUAACAACGUCAUAAAGGACACAUUCAAAUGUUAA